CAACAGAAAACAGACUGCAGGAUAAUAAACGCGGAUUUGAACCUGAACAAAGAGUAUUCCCUAAGUCCUAACGCUGUAGAACGCGAAAACCAUGGCGCAGUUUCUGAGCCUUAGCGCACCAAAUCCAACCGUCUCGUCGUCGACUGGUUCAGGGUUACCUCGUACCCGACACACCUUGUCGAGUCGCCACGAGAAUACCAGCCAGAGCUGGAGCUCUUUACAAAAGGAACUCCAUUGUAACGGCAGAGUUUCUUGCAUUUUUUCUGGCAACCGGAAAGAGGAACAAGCUAGGAAAGCAUUAGAAAGUGCACUUGGUGGAAAGAGAGAUGAAUUUGAGAAAUGGAACAAGGAAAUUAAGCAGAGAGAGGAGGCGGGUGGAGGCGGUGAUGCUGGUGGAGGUGGUUGGUUUGGAUGGGGCAGACGAUUUGGUUGGUCCAAUGAUGACCAUUUCUGGCAAGAAGCACAACAAGCAAUUCUUACUUUGUUGGGUAUCAUAGUAAUGUAUCUUAUAGUUGCAAAGGGUGAGCUGCUGCUUGCUGUCAUCAUCAACCCAUUGCUGUAUGCUUUACGAGGACCAAGAAAUGCACUCUCUUUCAUAACAUCAAGAAUCUUGGGAAAGACAUCUCUAGAUAGUCGUGUUGAUUUUGACACAACAAAGAAGGGUGACUACAGCCAAAUCUCUGCUAAAGAGAGAGUUUUGAGAAAAUGGGGGAGCCAGUGAUAAUGUUGUUUCAUUUUUUACACCAGUUCAACACCCCCCCCAACGCAUUUUAUAUGUGGCAAUUGGUUUGUACACCAUGACUUUUGAAUUUUGAACAAAGCAAAGUUAUUUACCCCUAUUAUGAGUUUCGUUUUUUUGGUAUUCCCCUUUUA